AUCUUGGAGACCUCCGGCCAUGGUAGUAGAAAACUGAUGUCAAGGUAGAGCUUUAGGUUUUUCCUCUCGAUGAGCUUGGACAGUGACGGAACGGAGACGGUGCGGAGAAGAGCGGGGAAAGUCCGCAGGUUUUAGUCUCCACAACGCGGGAUGACUCCGACGUAGCACCUGGAGAUCCCACACCCCAACAAGCGUAUCUGUAACUGGGAAAGUUUUCGAGAAUCGUGAGUCACUUGUUUGAUCGUAGAAGGGUAUAAGACACAACACAAGCAUUCUCAGAAGCAUCAAUUGCUUCGCCCCCACCUUGGCAAUCUCGACCUCCUACCCCAAACAUGGCAGAAUCUUCAAUGGAUACUAAGCUAUAUGUCAGUGGAGAAGAUGCAAGAUCGUUUGUAACCGCAGUUCUGGUUGGCAAUGGAGUCGCCCCCGAGAACGCCAACAUCGUCGCCAAAUGUCUCGUAGCAGCCGACCUCCGUGGCGUCGACACCCACGGCAUGAACCGAAUCCCUUCGUACAUGGAACGCGUACGCCAAGGCGUCUUGAAUAGUGCAGCAACACCUACCGUCACUCAAGUCACGCCAGUCGUCGCCCAAGUCGACGCCAACAAUGGUUUCGGAUUCCUUGCCGCCGAUGCUGGUAUGGCUGCAUGUAUCGAGUCUGCGAAGACGUAUGGUAUCGGCAUGGCCAGUAUCAAGCAUUCCAAUCACUUUGGUAUGAGCGCUUGGGUAGUUCAGAAGGCCCUCGAUGCCGAUAUGAUGAGUUUGGUAUUCACAAACUCUAGUCCUGCGUUGCCGGCUUGGGGUGGUAAGAGUAAGCUGCUGGGUGUUUCGCCAAUUGCAUGUGGCGCGCCUGGCAAAGACCAGCCGUUCGUGUUGGACAUGGCGCCAUCGAUUGCAGCUAGAGGAAAGAUCUACAAAGCAAAGAGGAGGGGAGAGAAGAUACCUUUGGACUGGGCCUUGGAUAAAGAUGGGAAGCCGACCGAUGACCCAGAAGCGGCAUUAGAUGGCGGCGUAAUGCUCCCUAUGGGUGGCCCCAAGGGUUCAGGUCUAGCUGUAAUGAUGGAUGUCUUCUCUGGCGUACUUUCCGGUUCGGCAUUUGCAGGCGAUGUAACCAAUCCUUACGAUCCGUCUAGACCAUCAGACGUCGGUCACUUCCUCGUCGCUGUGAAACCAGACCUUUUCAUGAGCUUAGAUGACUUCAGGGAGAGGAUGCAGAUCUUGUACGACAGAGUCACGGGUGCUGAGAAGGCAGCUGGGGUAGAGAGAAUCUACUUCCCAGGUGAGCUCGAGCAGAUACAACAGCGGGAAAGAGAGCAGAGUGGCAUUCCAUUGGUUCAAGCGGAAGUACACGCGCUAAAUGCAGAGGCAGCAAGGGUUGGCGCAAAACCGUUAGUUGUGAAGUAAGCUUAGGAAGAGAGUAU